AUGGCAUUUUUCAUGGGACCAUUGAAUUUCUAUAGAUUUGCAUACAUCAGUACUAUGACUUCGGUUUUGUACAGUAUACCUGGAACAUCAGUAUCGCCACUCAACCUGACACUAAAACCACGGAAUUUUGAGUACAUUUUGUCGUGGGAGGCUGGAAAUAAUACACAGGCACCAACCUACUACAGUGUGAUUUUUCAAAACAUCAAGGAGUGCUCCAAUAUUACACAUUUGUUCUGUAAUCUGACAAGAGAGUUUUCAGAUCCUUUAAAGAACUAUGUGAUAGUAGUGAAGACGUUCCCAGAAUAUGCAACAAAUUAUUCCGCCUACACGUUCACUCCAUACUUAAAUACAUGCUUAGGACCCCCUGAGUUUAAUAUUUCUGCUUGUUCAAACUGUGUUAAUGUGACAGUGAAAAUCCUUUCUUCAUUACUUGAUAUAUAUGAACAAUUGGAUUAUACAAUAAAAUUGAAAACUGCAGAUACUGAAGAGCAGGAUAUUGAAGACAAUAAUACAACAAAAAGCGAGAGUUUUGGCACUGUUUUUCCAGGUUUGCUUCAAAACACAAAAUAUUGUGUUUCUGUUGAUGUGCGCUCUUCUCUAAAUAAAAUGUGUAUUCCAUCUCCCUGGAAAUGUAUUGUGACCAGUUCCAAGGAUAAAUCAGAUUAUGUUAUCCCAGUUGUCUGUGGCAUAUUUGUGUCACUAGCACUUGGAAUGACUAUGCAGUUCCUGUACAAGGCAGGCUUUGUAAACUUAAAAUCGAAAGAACGCCCAAAGGUUUUGGAAGCCACACACAACUUUAACUAUUCAGUCUUUGACUCUCAUCCUGAAGAAGUGCACACUAUUCAGAUGAUCCAGGAGCGGGGGGAAACAUCUGAGGAAAAUAGUUAUGAUGGUGAAAGUGGUAAUGAAAAAGAUGGCAUAUAUACUAAUCACAGGCCCUUGGGUACAAUUUCAAAAUCCCAUUCCAAGGCAGACAUCGAAGAUACAGCAUCUAUAGGCUGUUCGUCAACUGCAAGUGACUGUCAAAUAUCUGAAGUGUUAGACACUGAAGCAGAAGACUCUCAAUAUGAUGUAAAGAAAGAAGAUAGCGCAGCUGACCAGAUGUUUUAUCCUUCUAAAAGGAACUCCACUUCCAUGCCCAAGCCAGAGGGUGGUGGCUGUUUAAAUAUCAACUUAAAUACUGUGAAGCUAGAAAUAUCCAAUACAAAGUGGGAUGCUUUGGCAACACUAAUCCCCUUUCAAGAAGACACAUCAGACUUGAUGGAACCAUGUGAUCCUGAUGCCUCUGAACCAAAACAUUUUGCUAACAUAGUGGAUAUGCAGAGCUCUGGUAUUCAUGACCUCUCAUCUACAUGGCAAAAUUGUAGUGGGUCAGAAGAAAGCGAGUCAUCAGAGUCAGAAAUGGUUGGUGAAUACAUGAGAAGAUGAAUUAAUGGACAGAAAAGUUACUACUU